UUUCGUGCAUAUUCACUGAUGUGUAUUCCUAUUCUGGCCUCCACCUCUAUUCUGCAAGCAGCAUAUUUAACAAUGCGCACAUUGCUUAAACGGUGCUCUUUGAUUAUAAUAAUAAUUGUGCUUUUCCAAUUGAUAGCGAAGGAAUGCGGUAGCUCAAAUAUUUCCCGGGAGCCCAGAUGAGUUACCCAAUAAUGCCGUCAGUCAGCAGCAGCGUGUUCGCAGUUCGAGCUCAUUGUUUGAGAUGUACAGGACUGGCGCAGGAGGGCGUAGAGUACCUGUGACGAGGAUCGCGCGCGCACACGCAGAACAGCGACAUCACAGCAGAGUUCAUUCCGCGUCUCUGCUCUGUCUCACGAUACUUGGCUUUAAACUAACUACUAGACGACUUUCCUGCGUUUUUGCACGAUUUGUGACGAAAGGCAUUUCAAGUGAAGCGCCUGAGGUAAAGAGAGCGGUUUUAUUUUUUUAGGGAAGAAGAGUAAAACAGCAGCAUUUGUGUAUACCAGAGGAAACGGAGGGGUGAGCAGCAGUCUGGUACUCACCCCUCCUGGUCAGACUGUUGAUGCUGAAGAUGUUGACCCAUAGUACAUGUCUGCUGUUCUUCAUGUUGCUGGCUGUUGUGUCCACUCUGUGGGGUUACCCCUUCAGACCCCCGCUAGACCUGGAUGUGACCCCCAGAACUACAGUCCUCUCCAAUGGGCUGUUGGGCCUCAGGCGCUUCAGAGGCUCGACACUGAACUACAGUUUAUUGCUGCUGGAGGAGGAGGCAGGCGUGCUGUACGUGGGAGCGAGAGGGGCUUUAUAUGCCCUGCAGGCUAGUGACAUCUCCAGCAGCUCUCCGCAGACCAUUGACUGGGAGGCAUCAGAUGAUCAGAAGCAACAAUGCUUGAACAAAGGGAAAGAUAACAAGACAGAGUGCUACAACCACAUACGAUUCCUGCAGAGGUUCAACAGCACUCACUUGUUUACUUGUGGCACACAUGCUUUCAGCCCACUGUGUGCAUACAUUAAUGAGAGAAAUUUUAAGUUCUCGUCAGCCUUCGAGGAGGGUCGAGAGAAAUGUCCAUAUGACCCCACCAAAGGCUACACUGGCCUGUUGAUUGAUCAGCAGAUGUACACAGCAUCUCAGUAUGAGUUCCGGAGCUUUCCUGAUAUUCGACGUAACUCUCCGAAUCCCACACUGAGAACAGAAGAGGCUCCCACUCAAUGGCUACAAGAGGCUGAUUUUGUGGGCUCCGCGCUGGUGAGGGAGAGCGUCAGUAGCUCAGUGGGAGAUGACGAUAAGAUUUACUUCUUCUUCACCGAGAAGAGUCAGGAGCUCAGUCCAUACUUCAGUCACAGCAGAGUCGCACGGGUCGCUCGUGUGUGCAAGAGAGACAGAGGGGGUCUCCUCACACUGCAGAAGAAGUGGACCUCCUUCCUGAAGGCCCGUCUGGUGUGUUCUUUACCUGACUAUGAGUUUCACUUCAACGUGUUGCGGAGUGUGUUUUUUCUGGAGGGCUCCGGCUCUCAGGACUCUGUUUUCUAUGGCAUAUUUGGUCUGGAAUGGAAAAACGUAAAGGCGUCUGCUAUCUGCCAGUACUCGGUUUUGGAUAUCCAGUGGGCCUUUGAAGGUCCUUACAUAGAAAACAAAGAGGACUCCAGCUCCAAAUGGACCCAGUACACAGGGAAGGUGCCAGAACCACGACCUGGCUCGUGCAUCACAGAUGAUCUUAGAGCAAAAGGCAUCAACUCAUCCAUUAACCUGCCAGACAAUGUCCUUCACUUUGUCCGUCGCCAUCCACUCAUGUACAGACAGAUCCUUCCUCAAGAACAGCGCCCUCUGCUGUUUAGGAGGAAUGUGGACUACACCAAAAUUGCUGUACACAGAGUUACUGCUCUAGAUGGUCAGAUAUACCAUGUACUCUUCAUUGGGACAGACGAAGGUUGGCUGCUAAGGGCUGUGAAGGUUGUUGGUAAGCUGCACAUCAUUGAGGAGCUGCAGCUGUUUGAGGAACCCCAGCCAGUAGAAAGUAUAGUCAUCUCUGAGAAACAGAUGAGUGUGUAUGUGGGUUCGCCCACGUCAGUGGUGCAGUUGCCCUUGUCCACAUGCAGCAGAUACUCCUCGUGCUUUGACUGUGUGAUGGCGCGUGAUCCCUUCUGUGCCUGGGAUGGACUGGAGUGUGUGGAGAUUACAUCACAAAACAGAAGAGCCAAUCUGACACAAGAUAUUCUGAAUGGAAACCAGGGCUGUGAUGAAUCAACAGCAGAUGACCAAGUGUUACACCGCUCGCGCUCUGUGAUGGCGGGUGAUGACGUGCUGCUUCAGUGUGAGCUCAGCUCCAAUCUGGCAACCCCUGAGUGGAUGCUGAAUAGACAGGAACUUCCAGGUUAUGGACUGGACUCUGGUUACCGUGUUGGCACUGACGGUCUCCUGGUCAUCGAGGCACAGCCUUCCCAGAGCGGCAACUACUGCUGCUUUGCCCUGGAGAAUGGUGUCCAUGUUCCUGUGGUGAUCUACAGCUUGACAGUUCGCAGAGAGCUUCCCGCACCUCCUCCUGUUGAGCCAACACGGCCACGGUUGACCACAGCGAUCUACUGGACCAUUCAGUCUUCCAAAAGUGACCCCCCGAAUGACUCCCAUCCAACCCCAAUGUCUCCUCACUUCGAGUUCCUGUCUGUGAGGAACAUGGAGGCCAUGUACCUCUCCCUAAUCACAAUUCUAGGAGGCCUGUGUUUUGUUCUAACAGUCAUCCUGAUUUAUAUGGGAUUCUGUUUGCAAGGACAGAGGGGUAAAUACUCUUUACGGGCUGCAGCUCGUGCCGAAAGAAAGCGAGGUGCCCACAUGGAGCUGAAGACCAUCUCCAGCCACUGCAAUGGGAAAUCAGACGCUCACGAUGGUCUGCUGCAGAUCGUCCCUGGAGAAGCGACAACGUCACCCAACAAAGAGCUUCCUCCUGCUCCACCUCCCCCACCGCCUCCAGAAUCAGAGUACGUCAAUGGACUCUCUGUCACUUUACCCAGCGUCCUACGCAAGAUGAAUGGCAACAGCUAUGUGUUGUUGAGACAGACAGAUGGAGACACCACGUCUCCACUCUAUUACUCCUUCACAGAGGAGCUCAACAGGAUCCUGGAGAAGAGGAAGCACACGCAGCUGUGUAGUAAACCUGAUGAGAGCUCGGUGUGAAAUCAGCCCACCCUGUGGAGAUGCAUUUGAACUCUCAAGUAUUCAAGGGCAGUGUCCUCGUAUAAAACCCCUUCUUCACCAAGACUAACUUUAACGACAUUCUAAUGAGUAGCUACAGCUGCUUUUAUUGGAAGCUAAACAAAGCAUUGGUAUUCCUCUAAAAGGAGCAAGCUCCCUCUCCGUUUACAUUUCAGAUGUAGAGCUUGUGACUUUCAACAGACUGAGGAAAGCCUACUGAUCACAAAUAGCAAAGAAGAGACACAUACAAUGGAAAUUCUACCUCAGCAAACGGUACCGCACAGCUUUUGGCUUGUUUCGGCAUGCUUGCUUUCAAUUCGAGAACAAAAGAGCCCAUCUGGGGGAAUCGAGUAAAUGAUUCACUUACUCCACACUGGUACCGGAAGAAACAUUUACAAGAGAGCAUUGUAAAAAAGCAACAAGAUGAACUCAAAUGGAGGUAUCGCACCAGGAUGGAGCAUAUCGCGUGAAAACUCUAGCGCCGUCAAACACUGAAUGUCUUUGAUAUGCCUUUCAUUUGAAUAUUUUCUAAUUUAUGCCAACACUGACCAUAUCAGUAACAGCUUGUAUUAAUAAUCAUACUUAAAAAGAGCAGGGAUAACAGACUUUAAAAACAAUUAGAAAUGCGCUUGUAGUGUAAAUAUGGCAUUUAUUGUGGGAACCCAGAAAGAUGAUAGUAUUAACCACUGAGAUGCACUUUAUGGACCGGUAGCAUUUGUUUCCCGUGAAGUUGUGCUUAUUGUGACAGAUCUGGAGAAGGUGGAAUGGAUUACAAGGACGGGACCAUUGAGAAAUAUGUGAAAGACAAUUUGAAUUGACUCUGAAUUGAAACUGCUGUGAGAGGGAAGACUAAGUAUCUGUUUAACACUGAGGAACGGACCCCUAAAUGUGUCUGGAUUUUGUUUGUCUCAGAUCUGUAUGUCUCUUGUAGUAUAUUAAGUCCACAUGCACAAGAAAGAUUGUGAUUCCUUGUCAGAAUCCUUCAUCAGAAUUCCGAGGUUUCCAUGGCGACCGCAGAGGUAAAGCUGAUGCUGACCUUCUCAGAUUAUCCUUUUGACAUGACCAAUUUUUGCCAAACAGGUCUCAUAGUUUUAACAGGAAGAAGCGAAUUAGAACGACAUCAUGAAAUUAGGCUUCUGCUGCCAGUAAAUAAACUCAAUUCAAUUCUAGUCGGGACAUGAUGAACAAUGAGUAUUGUAACGUGGUGAUAUUGGGGGGUUUAAUUAUCCCCUACACUUCCAGUAAGUCCAUUAAACUGUUGUGUAAAUGUUCGUCCUGGAACUGCUCCAACUGCUCCGACUGCCCACACAUGCGUGCAAGAGCAUUUUGGCGUAUCUCCCACUAUACUUUAGGGGAGCGAAUCGCCUGGUUCUGUCUGUUUAGAUCAGAAUAUGCAGAUUGCAGUGGAGCCGAGUGGAGAACAUUAAGGCCACAUGUUCAGAACAGAGCUGAGAUGAGCACUGCUGAUAGUGUAGUUUGCUCUCUCUCUCUAGUGCUUCAUGUUCAGACUUACUGGUUUUGGAGCUGGACUUACUACUUCACUUUCUGUUUUUUUUUUUCUUGAACAAUUCAAGAUGUCAUUAUUUAAAUAUUAAUCCUCAUGUCAUCGCAAAGUUGUAUAUUGUUAUUUUUACACAGAAGAAAUAUUUAAGUAUCUUUCCAUGGCUCUGUCUAUGCAAUUUAACUUUAUAGUGACUAAAAAGGAUAAAAUGAACUUGCAAAAAUUUUUAUAAAUAAUAAUAAUCAUAAUAUAAAAAAUAAGUAAGAAAAAUACACGUUUUCCAUUUGAGUUAAGAUUAUUUUUCUUACCCCAUUGAUAGAUCUUUUUUCUUGUUUCAAGUGUAGGAUUUUGAUAUUUGAUGUCUUGUUGUGUUCUGAAAAAAUUAUGUUGUUUUGCUUUUCAAGUAUAUGUAUCUUGAUUUAAUAAUACUGUGAUAUUUCUACAGGAAAACGAGACAAAAAUAUUAAGUAGGAAAAUAACAUUUGCAGUGUAGACAUACACCUCAUAUUCCAAAUCUUUUGAAGCCAGAUUCAAAAUGCUUUUCUUUUACGCAGAAGCAACAUUGUUUGAGCAGACCUCUUGUGAAGAAUAUAGCACACAACUCAUAUGGAUGAAUUUUAUUGUACCAUUUUUUGAGCUUGACAGAUUGUUUCCUGCCAUAAAUCAUUCAUGUUUUUUCCUCCAUCACCUCUCCCUCUCUGAAUCCUCCAAAACCCUCUUUUUUAUUUCCAUUUGACAAAUGGCUUUCAUGUCCGUGCAUACACCUCCAUCAUAGUGUCUAAUGAGAGCAGAAUAGAUCUGCACACCGUUCUGACCUCCGCUCUCCCAGAGGGUCACAGUCUGUGAUUAGAUGCUUGUCCUUGUUCAGUUCAUAUGGUCUGCUCCUGCAAUGUUUACAUCCCUUGAGUCUUAUAUUCCUGCGAGAGACACACUCCUGCGGAUUCUUCUAACAUGCCAGAACAGGUUUGUGGACAAGAAAUAUCUCGUCUACUGCCCGCAUUCAAAGUGAGACUGACAGAGAAACAUCAAAAGAAAGUCUGGAGAACUUUUGGUGUGUUUUUCACAUAUUGCCUGGCUUCAGAAGAUUUAAUAUACCACAUAACGAGUCUUAAUGACCACUUUUAUGUUAUUUCUUAAUGCUGUUUAAUGGCAAGAGCUACAUAAUAUUUUCAGUUUUAGCAAAUAAUCACAGCAUACAGGUUUGGAAUGACAUGAGAGAGAGUGAAUAAUGACAGAAUUCCCAUUUUUGAGUACACAAACAAAACACAGAAACUUUUGGCUGUAACAUUUUGGGUUUAUUUUUUGAAGGAGAGCCUCAUAUCAACUGAUGCACAGUCCCAAAAAAUGAAAGUUUCAGUCCUUACAAAACAAUAUAUCUCUUUGCAGCGCAGUCCAUAAAGCAUAAUGGAGUCGCCGUUGAGGUUUAUUGGAGAGUUGUUAUUGAUUGUGUUACAUUGUUGUGUUGUUGUACUAUAAAGCCAUUAACUAUUUUCAAUAUGAACUUAGUAUUUCAUGAAUAAUUAAAGAGGUUUAUGCCCAGUAUAGAUGACCAGAAGAGACAUACAUAGUUGAACUGGUCCCUUCAGUAAAUCAUUUUAUUCCAGUAUACAACAUAACUGAAAAAUGUCAGUUGAAAUAUUUAUUUUAUAGCUUUUUUACCGUUUUGUGUAUAUUUAUUUUAGUAAUGUUUCAAACGGGGGUUUUCUAAAUAGUGGUUGGUUAAUGUUUUCAAACAUUAUUUACAAUUUUUGAAAAACAAAAACGAUAUAAAAACGAAUAUAUAAUAAUGUAAAUAUGAUGCUGAUGAUAAUGAUAAUAAUACAAAUAAUAGAAAUAUAAUUAAACCCAAAUAAGUCGAAUAAAGCAUGUGUUAAUUAAAUUUCCUUUAUUACAGUAUUUUUUUUCUCUAAAAAAAUUGUUUCCAGUUGCAUAUGUGCUAAAAUGUUACACAACAUUCCAACUAAGAUGGUAUGCUUCCUAUUCCUCAUUUUGUGUUAAGAGAACAUUGUUAAAGCUCCUGCAAAGCAGACCAUGUCUCAGAGUCAGUGUUGUAUGCCUCUUCAGCCGUGGGUAGGAUUGUGUGGGCUGCCUCUGGAACUGCAUUUAAUAAAACUGGUACGACCUGUGCCUGGCACCAUGGUGAAAAACACCAUCGAAUUAUUAUCAAUUUGCUUAAUGUUUAAGUCCGCUCUCUUCAUGCAAGAAACAUUCAUUCUCGACUGUCUUUCCCUGUGUGCGUUCAAAUAGGCAUAACCCAAGGUAUGCAUUUAAUGUGUACCGUAUGUGUUUCCUUUUGUCCAUGGGUAAAGUGUUAUGCUUUGUGUUUAAUUAACACUGUAAUACUACAGGGACGUGCAUGCAGGGAGGAGGCUGAGAAGUGUGAAUUAAUUAUGUUCAACAUCAGAAACUUGUAAGUCUGUUUACAUCUGCCCUAGUAAAUUCUUUUAAUAAACAGUAUUGAUGCUUCA